UGCUUAUUAAGGUUUGUUUAGGAGCAAGUGUGGAGUGGAGUAUAACAAAACGGCGACAUAUUAUAUUCCCCUUCUUCCUGAUUGCUCAACCUGUUAUUUUUUAUUUUGAGAGAGAAAUACACACAUUGGCAAAUAAAAUAAUGCAGGAAGAAAAUUAAAAGUCACACCACCAUUCCCGAUUCCAUUUCCACCUACCUUCACAAAAAAUCAAACCUCCUCCCUUGAAUCACCACCAUUCAAUUUCAAUUUCUUCUGCUCUGUAACCAAAAUGCUCCCUCCCUCUUCACAUUCCUCGUCUCCCCCUUUUCUGCUACCAUUUUCCAUUCUCAUCCUCUGCACCAUCUCCUCCCUCUCCGCCGCCGCCACCACCACUACUUGCCCCUAUGAUAUCGACGCCGCGUCAGCUCUCAUCCCCGUUUCCUGCUACCCCAACUACACUAAUACCGCCGAUGCUCCUACCACCAACUGUUGCACCUUCGUCUUCGCUGCCUACAUCUUCGCCGUCAUUCGCUACUCCAACAUCUCUGGCCUCGCCUUCCUUCCUGAACCCUCCGCCUCGGCUUGCGCCACCUCCUUUGCCUCCACCCUCAUCCGUCGCGGCAUCGUUCGUUCUUCCCUCCUCCUUAUCGGCGACCGCUGCAACCUCAACGCCGAUCCUGCUCAAUUCUCGGCCGGCAAGCGCCCUUGCCAGUAUCCCACUGUCGCCUCCAUUAGCUCCGCCGUUGACCUCUCUCGAGCCAUCCAGAGAUGCACUCAACGUGACCUCUCGACCAACCAGUCUCAUUGCACGUCGUGCCAGAAUUCCGUCAUCGGUGCAACUCUGACGCUCCUCAACGUCACCAAGAGCAAGGAAUUCGUCCCAUGUGGCAUGGCCACCACGAUCGGCAUCUGGUCAACGUCGCCGGAUAUCCGACGCUUCAGAUUCUAUGCUCUCUGCAUGAUCGAAGUCCUCGACAACGUCGGGAGUCUAGGCACCAGCUCCCUCAUCCCAUCUCCGCCUCCGCCUCCGCCUCCGCCGCUACAGACAACGCCGUCGGUCACACAACCUCCCUCCAAAUCGCGCCUCGUACUCGUUGUUACGGUCUCAACCGUCGGCGGAGUUGCAGUCAUAGCAGCUAUUCUCAUCCUCUACUGCACCUUCUGUCAAGGGAAAACGCCCACCACCAUUUCUUUCUCUGGCGGAACCCUGAAAACCCAGGCCGGAUCCGAAUCGCCGCUCCCAAAAGACGGUUUGUACAUCUUCACAAAGAGCGAACUGAAGCAAGCAACGAAAGACUUCGAUCUGAAGCUAGUCUUGGGAGAGGGAGGUGCAGGGAAGGUGUACCUGGGCAAGCUCCCAAGCGGCCAACACGUAGCAAUCAAGAGGAUUUAUCAGAAGAAAAAGCUCGACCAGUUUUACCGCGAAAUAGAGAUCUUGGUCAAGCUCCGGCACCGGAAUCUGACGACACUUCUCGGGUACUGCCUCGAUAAGAAGGAACAUGUUCUGGUUUACGAGUACAUGGCCGGCGGGAACCUCUCGAGGGCGUUGUACCAUGGGGAGCUGACGUGGCGACGGCGCGUAGAAAUCGCCGUAGACAUCGCGGAGGGAUUGGCAUACCUGCACGAGUUCUCGGAAGGGGCCGUGGUGCAUAGGGAUGUGAAGCCCACGAAUAUACUGCUCAGUGAGUCUGGGCAGGCAAAACUAUCGGACUUUGGUGUGUCCAAGAUUUUGCCUUCUGAAAAUAGCCACGUGUCAACUGAGAUAAAGGGGACAACUGGGUACCUAGAUCCGGAAUACUUCUCAGUAGGACAAGUGUCAGAGGCAGCUGACGUGUAUAGUUUUGGGAUUGUCUUGUUGGAGCUGAUUACAGGCAAGAAGGCGGUGGUUAAUACACCCACCGGAGGCGCAGAGUCCAUCGUAUAUACAGCUCACAUGCUGAUGAGUGGAGGGGAGGCUGAGCCGGAUGUGGUGAGGAUUGCGGAUCCGAGGUUGGGGUCAAGGUUUGAACCGGGUUUGAUGGUGGAGGUGUUCAAGAUGGCAUACAGGUGCGUGAAGCCAUAUAAAAGCGAGAGACCAGCGAUGAAAGAGGUAUUGGAGCUACUGAAAAGGGUGCUUGCGGAGAUGGAGGUGGUGGCGCCGCUUCCUCCAGCGGAGGAGAUUGUUAAUGAUGGGCUAUCGGGCCCGUCCACCUCUCAAUGUUCGACGCCGACUAUGAAUCCGUGGUCAUUGUGACGUGACGUGUGAUAUAAUGGAGAUUAAUACUGCAUUUGUUGUUUUUACAUUCAAAGAUACAUGAACUUUCCCCGUUUACAAAAAUUUAAGAGGAAAUGAGAACCAGGGGUUGAAAAAGCAGAAGAAACAAAAGAUUUACGGAGAAGGGCUUUUCUAUUUAUAACAAUAUCUGUAUCAGUACCUACCAUUUAUAAAAACGAGGGGAACAACUGUUUAGUCAAAA